AUGCCUCCUUGCCCGCACCCCGCCUUGGGAGCUGGACGCGGGGGUGCUGGCGGACAGGUACCGGCUGAGGGCGGAAGCCAGGGGCGUGGGGAGCUCCCAGCCGCGGAGGAGGCCGAGAGGGUGAUGCGGGGAGCCGCGGAGCACCUACGAGAGAGGUGGAGGGAGGCCUUGGAGGAUAGCCACUAUGGAACCCGAACCAUAGGGGCUAUUCUCCCGGUAAUGGACGCGUGGGUGGAUCGGGGCAAGGGGGCCCUGACAUAUAGGGUGACGCAGGUGGUGUCCGGACACGGCUGUUUCGGACACUACCUGCACAAAAUACAGAGGGAGCCGGGGCCUCAGUGCCACGAAUGUGGCGCGGCGGAUGAUACGGCUCAGCACACUCUGGAAGAGUGUAAUCGCUGGGCCGUGGAAAGAGCUUCCCUCAGGGUAGCGAGGGGGGUGGCGGACCUCUCGCUACACAGCAUAAUAGCGGCGAUGCUGGGUAGCGAGAGGAAAUGGGAAGCGGUGGCCUCCUUCUGCGAAGAGGUCAUGUCGCAGAAGGAGGAGGCGGAGAGGGAGCGAGAAGCGGCUGCUGACGCGCUUCCUCUCCGACGCAGGCGGCAGGGUCGAAGGCGAAGAGCAUAUGCUCGCCUCGAGCCCUAG